UUAUACUGACAUGAACAAAUAUCCUCUAUAUCUUAACCGGUUGUUACUUUUGUUCUUAAAAGGUUGCGCAGAUGGAUUUUACGGAAGUGACUGUUCUUUGUCCUGCAAUAACAACUGCGUCAACAAAGCAUGUAAAGUCACUACUGCGGCUUGCACGUUUGGUUGCCAAGGCAGCAUGUACUAUGGGCCCACAUGUAACAGCGCUUGUAACGCGAAUUGUCUGGGCGGCAUCUGCAGCAGGGCCGGAUAUUGUCUGUCAGGAUGUAACGUCGGUUUCUAUGGCGACCAGUGUCAGCUAACGUGCCAAUCGAGCUCCAAAUGCAAUGACGGUAUUUGUGGUCGUGUGUCGGGCAUCUGCGACGACUGCCAAGUCUCCCCACCCAGCGUCAAUUGUCCGUCAGCUGUCUGCCCAGCGGGUUUCGCAGGCGACGCCUGUACCACCCCCUGUCCGAGUAGACUGUGCCUCUUCAACAGGUGUGACCGCUACUCCCCCAACCACUGCACAGCCUGUCCGCAAGGGUCUUAUGGCAGCUUCUGUAGCAUGACCUGCCCCAACUGCAAGUCGGGCUGCAAUCAGAACACGGGUGUGUGUGAUGACGGUUGUAAGGAUGGAUGGUACGGUCAGACGUGCAACCAGCAAUGCAGGAGUGAAUGUGCCUCGUGUGAACGGAACUCCGGAGAAUGUGUGACUUGUAUUGCCGGACGUUGGGGCCUAAACUGUCAACAGAGCUGCAGUGCGUUCUGUCAAAUGACCGUCGAGCAGGGUGUCAACAUGCUAUACUGCGACAAGACCACUGGCGCAUGCAGGCAGGGGGUGUGUCAAGUUGGGUACUGGAGGGCAGACUGCACUCAGGCGUGUCACACACACUGCCUGACCGAUAACAACGGUAACAGAGUGUGUGAAAUACUUGACGGUAGAUGUACAUUCGGAUGUAAGGACACUUUUUACGGCACCGUAUGCAACGAAACGUGCAGUAUUCGAUGCAAGAAUAGAAUGUGUAAGAAUUACGCUAACAACUGUGACCUCGGCUGCGCUGAUGGUUACUAUGGCGACAGUUGCAGCGGGACAUGCAGUUCGCACUGCGGAGGUGACAAGAAAUGCUUCGCGAACAAUCGAACAUUUUUCUCAAGGAUGUGAACUGAGUUACUACACCCCAAGAUGUGAUACACCAUGUGCUAACACGUGCUUGGACGGUACAUGCGACGCUACUGGGGGUUGUCCGGAUUGCAAGAGAAGUCCUGUGGGACUGAACUGUCGAGUUCAGCAGUGCACACCGGGGUAUUACGGAACCACGUG